GGGGCGCUGCUGGGACGGGGUGGGAGCCCGCGGUGUCCGAGUUACAGGGGCGCGGAGACGCGGAGUGUCUCGGGUUGAAAAGGGCCCCUAAGGACCGUGGAGUCCGACUGCAGAGAUGGGAGGGAAGGAGCUUCCUGAAGAGGCUCCCUGAGGGCGAUACAUCCCAGCUCCUGCCGCGUUCAACAGGAGCCGGAAACACGCGGCUGCGGGCAACCCUGGGUAGGGAUGAGGGCUGCUGGUCCCCUGCUGAGCUGUGCUUCCUUCCAGGCUGCCUGGUGUGUCCUGCCCGCACGCAUCCUGCUGGUGCUGACCUGUCAGAAAGGCAUCCAGAUGUAUGAAUCAGAUGGAUCCAUCAUGGUGUAUUGGCACGCGCUGGACAUCGCAGAGCAGCCUCCAGCACAAGCGGCGUUUGCCCGAGGGAUCUCUGCAGCAGGAGAACGUUUCAUCUGCGUGGGGCUGUCCUCUGGGAUGGUGCUGGUGUUCGACAUCCCCCAGAAAGGGACCAACAUCACGGUGAGUGAGGUCCUGAAGGAGCACCGCGACGCCAUCACCGACAUCGCUGCCGAGCUGGGCCAGGCGCCGGUACGGUGGGAUGGGGGGAGUGCAGGGCGGACGGGGGAUGCGCAGCCCUGCGGGCGGGUCUGCAGCCAGGAGGGGGAGGUGACCGGUGCCCUCGUGCCCAGCUGGACCUGCUCCUCCGUGAGGCUCUGGAACGGGAUCGUAGCUGCUGGUUAUGGCAACGGGCAGAUCCGGCUGUACGAGGCAGCGACGGGCAGCCUGCGUGCCGAGGUCGGCGCACACGCCCGCUGGAUUUAUGCCCUGGACCUGGCACCGGCCACAGGAAAGCUGCUGUCGGGUGCGGAGGACUCCUUUGUUCACGUCUGGAAGCUCAGCAGGAACCCGGACACCGAUGACGUUGAGAUCGAGCACUGCCACGCCGAGUGCGUCACCGACACCCAGAUCUGCGGCGCCCGUUUCUGCGACCCCGAGGGAAACUCCUUUGCAGUGACCGGCUACGACCUCAGCGAGAUCUUCUGCUACAGCCAGGUGUAGCUGCGAGCCGUGCGGGCCGCUGUGGGGCUGCAGCAGGGAGAGCUGGGCUGCCAGCGUCCCUCCCGCCUCCGUCGCAGCGCCGUGGCCCGGCAGGGUGGGAUUCUGCACGCAGCUGGAGCUGAGAUCGGUCGCUCCCGAAGCAGCCCUGCCCUCGGUGCGGCGUCUGCGCAGGGGGAGCACGGGCUGGGAGCCGUGCUGGCUCCGUGAGACCCGGCUUUGCGGCACGGCGGGUCCCCGGGCCAGAAGUUGCC